AUGGAGGUUCUUGGAAGCGGGUGGGUGAAGGUGCACCUGAAUAACGCAAAUGGUUUUGAUGGUGCCCCCUUCAAGUUGAGCGCCAGUGAAAAGGCUUCGACGCGUCUCAAGUGCGAUGACGAAGAGCUUUUGAUGGCGCAGACCGAGGCUGAAGCAGCUCCAGGCGUCGACUUUGACUCACUGUCGAGUAUCUCGUUGGAUGAAUGGGAGACUGGUAUUGGACGACACAAACACAGCAAGGACGAGAACCUUCGAGCGCUCUCACGACAGCGUAACCCCGACACGACAGAAGUUCUUGUCAUGGGGGAGCUACAAUGUAGUGUGGUCGAAGCUGCAGCGCUGCUCUGUUGUUUUGAAGAAGCAGAUUUUAAUGCGAAUAUGAAGAGAAUCCACGGACAUUCGUUUGAGUGCGGCUCUGUCGUUCGCAGCUUUUCUUCGAGCAAAAGCGACAAUCAGGAUGAAGAGCUGACACCGUAUCGAUUGCUGAAAACCUCGAGCUUCAAGCACUCACGCCUAGCCGUACUGGACUACGACGAGCGGUGGUGCUUCCUCGAGGACUUUGAGCCUGUGACGCAGGAGCGCUUUACACUCUCGCAACGAUCGGUUCGACCUGAUGCGCUGCCUCCAGAGUGUGUAGGGUGCGCUCGCAAAUUCCACAAACUGCUACCUAUCAAGAAGACGCGCUGUUAUCUAUGUGCUCAGUUCGUGUGCUGGCGUUGCUGGGCGCGUCAGCCUCUCGAUACCAUAAACGGCAGGAAGAUCUCGGUUCUCGUGUGCCCUCACUGCUUGGACACGAUCCGGAACUGUAAUCACGCACGUCUAGUAUUCUCUAGUCGUGGAAGCGGCAGCAGCGCCAGUACAUCAAGUCACGGGUCUGGAGGCGAAAUCUAUCGUAGCACACGCAUCCAACCUGACGUUGACGAUGCACUCGAACCAGGCCAAGCCGUCGUGUCAUACCUCGCUGAUAUUCUAAGCGACGAUAGCGAAGCGUCCCAAUCGGACGCAAGUAUGGACUCGAAUAAGGCCAGGAAGACCCACACGGCUGCAAAAGUACUUCAGGAACUGACAUCUGUGCUCGACGAAGGAAUCAACCGUGUGAUGGCGCAUUGCUUCUGGGAUUCCGACAACAGCGGGGCUCUCAUAUCCGACCUGACGCCCAGUAUGCCGGCAGCACUACUCAAAUUACAGUCCCAGCUCUCAAGAGAACUGCUACCCGUAGAGGCGUGCAGUCUCUCUCAAGCCGUGACUCCGAUCUACCCUCUCGGUUCGUCACCACGGACGCCCAGGGGUCCAAUACCUCCAAACGAGGCACAUCGACUGGAAGCUAUCACACAAGAUCAACUUCUUACGGCUAGGGGUUCCGACGAACUAGGUCUCAUCUGCGAGUUAGCUACACAGGAACUGUCGUGUCUGGCCUCGUUGGUGACCAUCGUAGGUAAAUCGCUGCUGCAUGUCCUCGCGAGCAGCUCCCCAGCCUUCCAAAACGCCGAAGUGCCUCGAGAACAGACGCUUUGCCAGUAUCUACUGAUGGGGGACCGACCCAUGCUUCUUCAACAUCCCGAGAACGACGUCCGCUUCUGCAAGAUACCGCUACUUAUCGACAACAACAUCCAGUUCUACGCGGGCUUCCCCAUUUUCAGUCGCGACGGGUUAUCGGUGGUGGGCUCGCUGUGCUGUCUUGACGUCCGUCCGCAGGAGAUGACUCAGUCGCAGUACUCAACACUUCUGCACCUCACGCGGACCGCAUCCAGUAUCAUCAACAAGAAAUGCACCAAACCACCAGGACUUAGCACAUUCCGCUGUCGGAAUUACAGGCGUCGAAUACGAACGAAGCGUUAG